GUUUGAUUAGAUCAUUCUCUCGAAACGCAUCCUCGCAAAGGUAGGAGUGAACCAGCGCAAACCCCCAACCGCCAAGUACGGUGUGCUUCCUUAUGCCAUCCGGCACACGGGGCAUAUUUCGAUCCUUGACCAACGUACAUUAUAGGAACAUUAGCACAGGUCGACACAAAGUUCGGGAAAGAUGGUUUGUAGAACCGCGGGUAAACUUCUCUUACUUCUAUGGGCUCUUGGAGCAACGGCCCAGGAGCCCACAGUUGUUGCCAAACCACCAAAGGACUAUCUAGUCUCGGGGGGCCCAACCCUCACAGGAAACGACAUCUUAGUUGAACCCGAUGGCUCCAAUCUCAAGAUAUUCUUGGGGCCCGAUCGCGCCUCCGCCUUCAAGACCGCCGUUGAGGCGGACUGCGGUAACAUGGACCCAAAAUGCAUUGAAAGUGCCAAGAAGGCUCUGGGCAUGGUGCCAAACGAGGAUGGUCUGCAGAAGAAGAUUGCUCCUCGUUUCGUGAUUGCAGCUGCCGUCGCCGGAAUUUCCAUUCUUAUUCAAUGGAUUUAUCUGACGAAGCAUGAGAAGGAUUAUAUGCCAACCGCAGUUAUAAUCCCCACGCCAACCGCCAAAGUGGACCAGGAUGCAUACGCAACCGCAACUGGGAUCGUGUUCAAGCCCAGCGAAGCUGCGGAACCAACGAAAGUGGCGGUUUCCGGCCCAGCUGUCACAGCUACACCUAAGGUCGAGCCCGCAUCCGACGGAGACAUUGUCAUCACGCUUCCUCCUGGCAAUAUGCAAUUCUGGCAGGACGCAGCUGAGCACUCCAUCUGCCCUCGAUCGCCCCGAAUGCGGCGCGACGACGUCGUUCCUACUUGUCUUCGUCUUCAAACACAGAGCGCCAUUAUGGCGGCGAUUCUUAACGGCGGAUUGGGAGGAAUGGAGUUGAUACGUAUCCCUGCCGAACUUCAGAUCGUUGGAAACCAACAACUUACGGAACACAUUACCUCGAUGAUUGAGUGGGCAAAGACAAUCAAGACACUGUACAGCGAGGCAGAUCUCAGGAGGCUUGUUCAAAUCAUCGCCAUUUUCAUCUGGCAGACGUUUGGUAAGAUCGAUGUCGCUGGAGAUGUACUCACCAUCAUUGAAAUCGAGUUGAAUCGCAUGACCCUGAAGAAGGGUAAAGUCCAAGUUAAAACGGAAGAAGAGAAUAAGGGUGAAGGAUGUAAUAUAAAAAUCGACCCGGCAAAGGACAUUCCCGGUUACGAUGGUGCUUACCAGGCCAUCCUCGCUGCUAUUGCAGCAAAUCCAGACUGGAAUAAGGAUUCUGGAGACGGAUUCGAUGACAACGGCGAGGGUUCCAAUUGUCCCGCCAAUGAUGGACAUCUCUCUGACAGCUCAAUGCCCAAGGGAGAUUUGGAGGGAUACAUCAAGACGUUCUGCAAAGACGUUGCGAACUCGGUAGUUGGCAAAGAUCCAGUCUCUCGAUCCUAUAAGGGCGAACUGUUCACCGCUUGGCUCUCCGCGAACAAGGUUGGAGACGACAGUUGCGGCGGGCAGGAACCUAAAAUCUCGGAGGAGGACUGUGUCAAACAUAUGACCGAUGGUGUGUCAAAAUGCGCGAAGAACGACAAGGUCUUUGGGAUCGACGUAGCGCAGGAUUGCAUUCAGUACAAGAUCACAACCGACGGAUCUGAGGACAAGAACCCACCGUGGGAUCGCUCAAAAGAGCGCUCUUGUUCGGAGAAGCUCACGGAAGCGCCAUACCAGUUAUUCAGCGGCAUAUUCCCUGCGUUCUGCAAAGAUGUGGGCAAAGACAAACUUGAAAAGACAUUGACCAAUGCCGACUAUCAGAAGCCUUCCAGGAAGCGAGCACCUCCUCUCAAUGUGCAGCAGUUUGAUGGCUGGAAGUUCAAGUUCAUAUGGACCGGGGGCGAGAAUUGCAAGAUCGACUGCAACAGCGCCUUCCAGGAGCUUACUGGUCUUUGUGGUACCCAGGUCAUGGCCGAGAAGGGCAUGAUUGAUGUUGGCUGCGGCAAGUAUGAAUAUGACAUCGAUCGCACAGAUGAUAAGGCACACGACAAGAUUUGUUUCAAAGAACAAAAGGAAGUUCGCGAGGACAAGUUCAAGUGGAAAUGGGGACAACGCGACCAGAUGGUUGACGCCAUUGAGAACACGUUCUGCAAGCUGAACUUCAAGGACGAGAAGUACAAAGACGGAAUCGUCGAAGAGCAAUAUGAUCAUGACCACGACACUUUCAAGCUUCGGCUCGAGGUGAAGAACGGCAACGUUCCUUCCCCUGAACAGUGCGUCGAGUUCUUGAAGGAACUGGUCGAUGGAUGUGACCAUAAUGACGAGCUGAACCAGCACAACCUCAAGUGGGGAGGUCGAACAGUCCACAAGUCUACUGGGAACGUUUUUGAGGUGGUUCCCACUUGGGAACGUGUCGCGAGAGACAAACCUAAUUGGGAAUGCAACACCUGGGCCACCCGCGAGCAGAAGGAGAACAAGGGCAAGGACGGCAAGCCCCUACCCGACUUGAUUGACGACCAGAUGAUGAAGCUGCAGUGCGUACACCAGUACUACAACAUGGGAUGGGUUACCAAAGCCCAAGACUGUGGUGGUCACUACAACAUCAUCUUGACCGGCUCAAACGGUUAUGCAAACAGCCAGGACUGCUGGAGAUACAACUUCCCUUGCAUCUCUGACAGCAUUGUAAAUCAAAAUGGUGUUGUUCUGACGGGUACACAUUGGGCUGGAAGUGCAGGCCAGGUCAAGAAUUAUCUCGGCAUUAGGUGUUGGAUAGGAUUCGACAAUUACUAGGGGGAGAGGAGUUUGUAGAGAGGUGUACGAUUUUGAAUCAGUUUAGAGUUACUUCAUUCAGUAGAAUCUAGAUCUUACCUUAUCUUGC